AUGGAUAAAACUUGCAAGCAUUUCAAACUCAAUGUGAUCGCUUUCGAGAGAGGAAAGAAAUCCAACGACAGAAAACCAAGGAAGAAGGCUCAUAAAUCUAAGAGAACAAAAACCAGAGCACACUCUGCUAACAAGAAGGACCAGAUAAAGAUCAGGAGCGAGCCCUUCACACAAGGCGCUAUUGAGCUGGAUGUUCAGACAGUAUGCAACUAUGACGGAAUCAUUAUCAAGGUGUUUUCACCUGUGCACAUCAGUGGCGAAGUUUUCCCACGAAACGCUCACGAGAACUGCUCCAUCGCCAUCAACGGAACAGAGGCCCAAUUGAAGAUGCUAUUCAGUUCGCAAAGUUGCUCUAUUUCACGGAACGGUUUUGUGUUCGAAAAUGUGAUUGUCGUCAAGCAGAACAAUCUGAGUGAAAUGCCCGUCAUUACAGAAUACGAUAAACUCUAUCGUAUCUCAUGUGAUUAUAGUAAUCAAACCACGAAAAUGUCUGCUACCAGUGUUUUACAAGUGAAAAAUAUGGGCGAAGUGUCGAUUCAUCCACAUGGGAAGAUUCCAUACAAUCCGAUGAAGAUGGAGCUGCGAUCAAAAAGGAAAUCCGAGGUUAGGACCGUGAUUCUCGGUCAAAAUGUUGAUUUGAGAAUCGAUGACGAUGACAAUUUCGGUAGUAAUUAUACGGUUACCACCUGCAUAGCACGAGAUCGCAACGACCGUGAAAGUCUCACUAUCAUCGAGGACGGGUGA